AUGGAAAAUCGACCAAUCAAUGAAAUUGCACGGAACCGUCGGGACCUCCCGAAAAGACCCUCUUACGCACACGCGCGAGGGCGCGGCUCGCCUGUGUGCUUUGCGCCCUGCUAUGGGGCACAGCACAACACAAUUUGCGCGGUCCCACUCUAGAACACAUACCUCAUGACACACCCGAGCAGCAGCCGGGCGGUGAAGCCAUGCAGACACCUGCCGCCGCCGCU